UGACUCCCCUACUCUUUGAGGGAGACGUUUCGGAUUGUCGUAGUAAUGGCGGACACAUGUGGCCAAAUAUUUCUCGGGUCUGGGCUAACUGUCCUUUCCCACCCUCUUAUGUACAUCAAGGUUUUAGUUCAGGUUGGACAUGAACCCCUCCCUCCUUCUCUAGGGAGGAAUUUAUUUGGCCGACAGGUGUAUCAGCUUCCAGGGCUUUUUGCAUAUGCCAAACACAUCAUAAAGAUUGAUGGGAAAUCAGGCCUGUUUAAUGGUCUCACCCCAAGGCUUUGUGCUGGGACCAUUGGAACUAUCGUCCACAGUAAAGUUUUACAGAAAUGUCAGGAGGAAAAACUUCAGAUACUGGGAAGCAGUCAGAAAGCAGAGGAGGGUUCUCUGCAACGUGUAGUAAAUGAGACCACUAAAGAAAUGAUUGCACGCUCAUGUGCCACAAUUGUCACACACCCUUUUCAUGUGAUCACACUCAGAUGCAUGGUCCAGUUCAUUGGUAGAGAAGCCAAAUACAGUGGCGUCUUUGACUCCAUUAUUACAAUCUACAGAGAAGAAGGGAUCCUGGGUUUUUUUGCUGGCCUCAUUCCUCGUCUGCUGGGUGACGUUCUUUCCCUGUGGAUUUGCAACAUGCUUGCUCACCUCAUCAACACACAUGCUAUAGAUGACUCGACAAGUCAUACAGGAGAAAUAAAGAACUGCUCGCAGGCUGUGACUGGGUUUUUUGCCAGUAUGUUGACAUAUCCCUUUGUGUUGGUGUCCAACCUGAUGGCUGUAAAUAACUGUGGGCUGGCUGGAGGUCAACUACCCUAUGCUGCCGUUUAUCCCAACUGGCUCCACUGCUGGAGUCACCUAAGCCGAGAGGGCAACAUGAGCAGAGGCAACAGUCUGUUCUUCAGAAAGAUGCCUGCAGGGAAGAUGUAUUCCAUCGAUCAGAAGAGAUUUCUCUGAAUGGGAAACCAACAGCAUAGUGAUUAAUAAUGAUAAUUUAAUUGAGCUGGCCCAUGAUGUUGGACUCCUAAUCCUUUGUAUGCACUUGUUUACAAUAACAGACUUUUGUUUUUGAUAAUCAAUUUACAGGAUUAUUACUGUUCGUUUUGUCAGUACAUGAAUUUCACUACAUUGUGGUGUCCUUUGAUUUAAAAACAUAAAGAGCUUUAUUUUAAUACCCAGCGAUUUGUAUACAUGCCCCAUUAGAAAAAAAUACCACCGUUGAAUUGUAUAAGUGAAGCGCCUGCUCCAUCUGUGCCUGAGUCCAGUACAGGCCUCCUACACACACUUUUGUUUCCAUUGAUCCCAGUCAUGAUGCUCGACAGUAAAACAGUCAUUAUACACCUGCUGUUGUUUUAACUGUCUGAUGUAAUGACUAAUUCACUGACAGAGAUAAAUAAGAAAUGCUAAACUCUGUUAACAAUAGACUGACAGUGAAGUGAAUUCAACAGGUCCAUUCUCAGCCAAAUGGGAUCUUUGUCUAUUUAUGAGUGCUUAUGUGAGAUAGAGGUUAUGCGACACUGAGCGUCUGACUUCUCUAUCUGUGCAUUCUUUAUGUGGUUGUAUAUUUUGCAUAGCUUUGCUAAGUUUGACCCCUCCCAAGUACAUGAGAUAAGAGCCUCUGGUUUUAUAUCAGUUAUAACAGGGUGAGGGGACUAGUUUGGCUUCUACUCACUGUCUCUACCUGGGCUCCUGGUCCCAUUAAAGAGCAGGUGAAGUUUUAUUUAUGUUAAUAUUCUGACUGACCCAAAUCUGAGAAUGCCUUUUUUGUGGCUUAUGUGUUUAUUAUUAGCAAAGUGACAAUAUGCUUAUGUACAAAGCAUUUUAGGAAUGGGCAUUUUCAGCAUGCUAGUAAAAUAUGAAGAAGAUAUUUGUGACUUCCUAAUAAUGUAUAAAAACAUUAAGAAAGCUCUCAGAACGAAUCAUCUGAACAUAGUGACUAUUAAAAUCCCAAUAGAAUGUCGCUGGGGUUCAAAGUCCAUAUCAAGGGAAAAACGCUGGGGUUCAAUGUCCAUAUCAAGGAAAAAAAUAUAGAGGUUGAAUGUGUGAUGAAUGUUUUGACCAAAUAAAUGGUAAAACAGCUACAGGUUAAAAAAAUUAUUGACUUCACAGUUGAUACAAUUUUUUAAAAUAUAUAUAUUAAGUUUAUUCUAGAUCUAUUCCAAAAACAAUUUUCCUUUUAAAAAUAAAUACAAAAUGGCACAUGUCCGGGGUGACAAACAUUAUGUUAGAAGGGGGCAAUAUCAAGCCUGUACAAAAUUUUACAUAUCACAUGAGAAUAUUGAAAUACUGUUUUCAACUCUUGUAAUAAGUCUUAAGAUGAAAGUAAGCAUCUGCUAAAUGUAAAUGUACGCAUAUUGUAUGUAUAAAAUGUUUCGCUAGAAGAACUAAAUGA